AUGUGUGCUUCCCUCCCAGUGACCGAUAACUUCUUACACCCAGAUAUCCUGGAUGGAUGUGACAGAAACCCUCACAGAGACCAGGCUGAGGGUGAACAAUGUCACCCAUUUGCACCUGGAAAUGUUCUCCGGUUCAGGGACAUCAGUUAUGGUGGCCCCUCCAAUCAUGGGCGAAUCGCCCCUUCAUUCAGGGCACAUACCACACUUGGACUGGUACGAUGGUGGCCACUGGAUGAGGACCAUUUUAACCACCUCCUGGGCUAUUCUGUCAAGGAGAUCAAAACACUGCUCUCAGCCACCCUCUACACUGCAACCUCACUGUACAGAAGCCCCCCUGUACUCGAACCAGAACAUGAGCUUCCAGCCAAUCUUCAUGUCAAACUCAAGAAGCACCAUAUCAAGCACCUGAGGACUGCCUACUCUGUUGAAGACCACCAUUAUGUACCUCAGCUUGUUCAAGGGACCACCUCAAUAAUCUACACAAAGUCUCUCCACCAGAUUAUCCAGUAUUUCUAUUCCAACAUCCUGCAGACCAUCCCAGUACCACAGACCCCAUCUUCUGAUGUGUUCUAUCACAUCGUCUGUGAUCCAGACAACCCUAUCAAUCAUCCUGGUAUGGAGUACUUUGUGGAACCAGAUCUGCAUAAAAGUGGUUUCAUUGGAGCUCACCUCCAAAGGUGCAACCCUUCUGAGUUUCAUGUUGCAUUCCAACUCACUUUCCCACCUCCAGACCUCCAAUGGGAACCACCAAGAAUGCAGGGAAAAUACAAUCAGGACAGGAGACAGGGGGGGCAUAUUCAGUUCAAAGAUGGGGGCAAAGGAUGGAAGAGGCAUCCAUUUCACGUCUCUUGGUGGGAAUUCAUCAUAAAGUUUGACUGUACUGGUGCCAACCCUUGGAGUUCAGACACUUUCCCUGCUGACAGGGCUGGAACAAGGCUCCCUGUGCUCAUUCUAAAUCCCUUGGUGGAUGACAAGGCUAUGUGGGAUGGGAAUUUGAUUAGGAGGGAGGUGUGGAAAUCUCCCAUCCUACAAGAUGAGGGCACAGAAGACUGA